GAAAUAAGACACAUUUAGAAUUCAGUUUGAACAAAACUUGCAAUGACCCCCAACAAUUCAAUAAGGCAUUGUUUGAACUUGUUUGUGAUAAAAUUAUAAAUAAUGAUCAUUUCGAAUUCAAGAGCUUGGAAAACUGUACUCUACUAUUCCAGCUAAAAACCCACCAGGCCUGCUCAGAAAAGGACAUAUUUGUGCCUUUAAAGAGGGAAAAGUCAAAGAUUAUUCCUGAGUACUCUGUACAUUCAAUGGAUUCUCCAAAUGGCCACUCAGUAGAUACUGCUACUAAAACAAAAGAUCCUCAAACAAAUGAGAAGGAAGUUGUCAGAAACAGAGGCGAUAUAAGAAGAAACUUGAAGAAUUGUUCAGUUGAGAAUCACGAGACUGGUUUCGAAUUCAAUAUCAGCAGUUUGAAACUAAACAUCUCAUCUCCAAAAUGUCCUGAAAUAGUUUUCAAUUAUUCCAACAAGUCUGUCGUACUACUGUUUUCUUUGGAUAAUGCCUGUGAAAACUCGAAAAUAUAUGAAUAUAAGGUUAUAAUGGAGUGUCCAUCGGAACUUAUUCGUCAAAACAAUACAAAGGAAAAAUGUCUCGAAACUUUCACAACACAGCUACCAGAGGCAUGUAAACUUCUGGAAAAGACAAUUCUGAACAACAAACAAUUCAGCUCUGGAGAAAUUGCAGGUAUAACUGUUGGUACCGUAGCUGCGGUAUUAGCCCUCAUUGGAGUCUCGAUACUUAUUUUUCUAAAAUAUCCCAAUUUCGGAAGAAAAUCUUAUAAUUCAAUUGUUUAUGAAAAAGAUGCUGACUUGUAAUGAACAUUCCAUGAAUUGUUGACAAUUUUCAAGAUGAAAGACGAAAGUGAUGUUACACGAGAUGAGAUGCAUGCAUCACCUUCCAUCACGUAGAAAGACUGGAAUAUAUUUUUAACCAAAAAUCAAUUAUGCUAAACAACUUUUCAAUUUCAUGGAGUUAUCCAAUUGUUUUAUUUAGGUUCCUAUCUCAUGUGUUGUCUAAUUUUAUUCAACUACAAUGAAUAUCAGAUUUUAGGCAACUCAAAUUCAGAAAAAUUCCUAAUUUCAGUAUAAGGUAAUUGUUUUAAUGAUGUUUAUAAUUUAUUUGUUUUUUUUGUUAUUUAAUUCAUUGACUAUGGUUUCGAUUUAUUUUUUCAUUGUUUUUAAAAUCUUUGUCCACAUUAAGUUUUCAAUAACUUUUAUAUUUAUUUGUAAAAAUUGAAUCGAUUGCUUAUAACUUUUUUAUAAUAAAAUAUUUGUUUU